UUGUUGGGUCUUGAAUGGUCUUCUUUGCAAGAUAAGGCAAAAUCUCUAAAAGGGUGGUGGGAAGAAGUGUUUAGCAACAGCAUCUUUAUCAAGCUUCAACAAAGGAUUACUCUUUCUGUACUUUGGAGGGCAAAAAAUAAUAGAGUUUUUAAUAAUGAAUCUUUCAAGGAGUUAGAUGUAGUGGCAGGUGCAAGAAGAGACUGGGUGGAACAACAAAACAUCAUUCCAUUUAGAAGGAGAUGGAUCAAAAAAACUGCUGGAAUUGAGAUGGAAAACCAAGAAGAAUCCAUAGCGUUAGCAGCUAGGUGGGCUCUGAGUGUGACUGAAGCAAAAAGAAUGGCAAUGCAAUCUACAAGACGAACAAGUAGUGAUGAAUCUAAACUCUCUAUGCAGUUUUGUGCCUUGUUUGCUACA